AAAGACAUGGCUCUGGUUGGGUUAAGCAUUUGACUUCGAGUGGAUAAGGUUAGGAUAUCCGAUUGGUCAGGGGAUAGGACCUAAACAAAUUGGGUUACGUUACCUUGCGUAAGCAUGUACGGCUGGCCAAUAAAUUAUAUUGAAGGGCGGGUCUUAGCGUGGCCAAAACGUGCAGCAAUUAGCGGCGAAGAAGAAGGAGCGGACGUGACGUCAGAGUCUUGCCUCCAAAACAACCGGAGUGUUAUGAAAGCUUCAGAGUGAAAUGUUGGAUAACCACUGUUUCCAAACCCUUACACAACUCCAGGGGGACAGCUGCGGGGCUUCCGCCUGUCUAUUUUUGCCAAAAGACAAUUAAAUGUAAAAAAAAUAAAAAAUAAAUAGAUUUGUAUUAAGAAACGUUUGAGAAAAGACAGCAUGGCAAAGCAGAGAGAGUGUGCAGAGACGGAGGCCUGUACAAAGAAACUGAAGCAGGUGUUGAAGGCAAAGAGCAGCGGAGCAAAAGCGAGAACGAAGAAGAAAGAUGCAGCUAAUGGCCACACAGAGGAAGAGGAGAGGCUUGAGAGGAAGGUCAAACCCAAACCACGGCGCUACACAAAACGAGCAUCAGGGAACGCCACAUCCAACACAUCCACAACUGCCAUUGCCGUCAAAACCAGUAAAUACUUCCAGUCGCCAGUGAAGGAGGAGGAGACUGAGAGUGAAGAUGACUUUCACAAGGUAAACGCAGCAGCCCCUGCAGUUACGGUUAAUGCCAAGAAAACAGAGAAAGAAGACGAAGAGGAGGAGGAGGACAGUGAGGAAGACGAGGAUGAUUGGGAGGAAGUGGAAGAGCUUUCUGGGCCACUGGGUCCAGUUGAACCACCAGAACCUGUCCUGCCCUCUCAGCCGGUUGAGAUAGAGAUUGAGACUCCAGAAAUCAGGAAAAAGCGAAAGAGGCAGGCAGAGUUUGAAAUGUAUCUGAGGCGGAUGAUGAACCGAUACAAGAAAGACGUGCUGAUAGACACACACAAGGUUCACCUGAUGUGCCUGAUAGCCAGUGGGAUGUUCCGCAGCCGCCUGUGCAGUGAACCAGACCUGCUGGCCAUCACUCUGUCGCUGCUGCCCCCCCACUUCAGCAUGGUCGCCAAGCAACGUAUCGACCAAAACUACCUCUCUGGACUGCUUAAAUGGUUUAGAGCAACGUUCACCCUCAACCCCAGUCUUCCCUGUGAGGAGCGUCCGGACCCACGGGCUCUGCUGGAGAGGCGACUAGCCAGCUUGUCAUUCAGAAACCACCAGGAGAUGACUCAUCUGUUCCUGUUGGUCCUGAGGUCUCUGCAGCUCUUUUGCCGAUUGGUUCUUUCUUUGCAGCCGAUUCCUUUCAAAUCCCCAUCAGCCAAGGGCAAAGGGGCUAGAACAUCUACCGGUGCCCCAGGAAAAAGCAACACAAGCCAGCAAACUUCCAAGACCGCCUCCCCUGAGCCAAAGGUGUCUACUGGCACCAAGAGACCAGCUGGAGGGGAGAAGAUCAAUGGAGACGGAGGAGGAAAGAAAGCAAAGACAAAAGACAUAAAAGAGGAGACUGCGAAGGAAAAGGAGAAGGUUAUAACAUCAGGAGGGCAAAGGCCAAAGAACUCAAAACGCCGCAGCAUCGCCUCAAAAGUCAGCUACAAGGAAGAAAGUGACAGUGAAGCAGAAAAAGAGGAGGAGGUGCUUAGUGAUGAGGAGGAUUUUCAGGCGACCAGUGAGGAAGACAGUGAGGAUCCAGAGGGAGGGGCUAAAUCCAUUAAGAGGAAAAAGGGGAAGAGCAAAGCCAAAUUGACCAACAACAAGAAUACUGCAGCUCCGAAAAAAAGGAGUGGUGGAGGGAAAAAACAAGUAGAAGAGUGGGAGGAAGAUGAUGAUGAUGAUGAUGAAGAAGAAGAAGGAACAACAAGCAACAGAACAAAGCGAAAGAGUGGAAAAAAGGACGGGCCUGGAGCGGACGAGUGGUUGGAGGUGUAUCUGGAGAAAACUGCCUCCUGGGUUUGUGUAGAUGUGGAACAUGGUGUCGAGAUGCCUCACCUCUGCUCCCAGAAUGCAACAGCACCUGUGACGUACGUGGUGUCGGUGGAUGGGGACGGCUUUCUGAAGGACCUGGGGAGGAAGUACGACCCCACCUGGUUGACAUUGUCCAGGAAGAGACGGGUGGAUGAAGAUUGGUGGGAGGAAACGCUUGAGCCAUUUCUGGGACCUGAGGACGAGAGGGACAGAAAGGAGGACAAGGAGCUCCAGAACAAGCUGCUGAACAAACCCCUGCCGAUCUCAAUAGUGGAGUAUAAGAACCACCCGCUGUAUGCCUUAAAGAGACACCUUCUGAAAUAUGAAGCUAUCUACCCUUCAACAGCCACUGUACUGGGAUACUGCAGAGGGGAGCUGGUGUACUCCAGGGAUUGUGUGCACACGCUCCACUCCAGAGACACUUGGCUCAAAGAGGCGCGGACUGUCAGGCUAGGAGAGGAGCCAUAUAAGAUGGUGAAGGGUUUCUCUAAUCGUUCGCGUAAAGCCAGGAUGGCUACUGAGCAGAAGGAUGCGAAUGACCUGGCUCUGUUUGGAAAAUGGCAGACUGAAGAGUACCAGCCGCCUAUAGCUGUGGAUGGGAAGGUUCCCCGUAACGACUACGGUAACGUCUACCUGUUUAGGCCCUGUAUGUUACCGGUGGGCUGUGUUCACCUCAAGCUGCCCAACCUGCACCGCGUGGCAAGGAAGCUGAACAUUGACGCAGCCCCUGCAGUCACGGGCUUCGACUUCCAUGGAGGAUACUCUCAUGCUGUGACUGAUGGUUACAUUGUGUGUGAGGAGCAUGAGGAGAUUCUCAGAGCGGCCUGGGGGGAAGAACAACAGAUUCAGAAACAGAAGGAGAAAGAGAAAAAAGAAAAGAGGGUGAUCUCCAACUGGACUUUGCUGGUUAAGGGGCUCCUGAUCAGAGAAAGACUUAAACAGCGAUAUGGAAAGAAGAACCAGGGCCUGGGGGGCCUCGCUGACGCAGAGGAGACUGGCGGACUUUCGGCAGAUGAGGAAGUGGUUGAGGGCGGAAGUCCAUUAGCUAUGACAGCGUCUGAGACUGUGGCCAUGUCCUGGCCCCAGAACAGACAAGCAGAGGAGGAAGGAGGGAGCAUCAGCGGACUGAAGAAGAAGACAACAAAACGAGAGAAGAGAGGACAAGAGAAACAUUUGUUCCCCUUUGAGAAAGUGUGAUGUUAGACAUCCAAAACUACACUUGACUUUAGUUAAAUCAAGGUUGAUUACACUUUGUUCUCAAAACAGCUGCUCCUGAUAUUUACUUGGGUAGAUCACAACGCAGGAUAAAGUUUGCCCCAGGUGGGACAAAUUUGGAAUACAUUUUGCAAGUUUGGUCAUCCCUGGAACCUUUAGCUGUAACAUUAUAAGCAGGAGAGGAAAGAGUUGGGUAGUGCACUGCAGAUCAUUCCGUUUCUUCCAGUGGGGAUAAUACAUGCAUUAAACCUGCUCUGUCUCCACCAUCACUGUGGAUACUCCCAUUAGCUCAUGUGUUGUUAGGCUUUUAUACGAGAGAUUUGUAGAAAUAUAGCACAUGCCAGGGGGGAAAACACAGGUGAAU